GUGGUCUUAAGUCUCCACUUCUGUCUGUCAUGUGAUGAUGUGAAGGAAAGGCCAGUGAUCACGGUUUUUCUUUCUUCUCUCUCUUUCUCUCUUCCUCGGUCUCCACUCUCUCUCCCCGUUGCAAUUCCCCAUUUUCAGUUUUACCCAGGAAAAGAAAGGAAUUUACCAUGGAAAUGGAGUUUGUCUGCUCAUCCAUGAGGAGGUCCAUCUCCAAACUAGUAAAAUGUACUAUUUUGGUUGUUCUGUGGUUUUCCUGCUUCAGUUUUACGUCAACAGAAGCCUAUGAUCCGCUUGAUCCAAAUGGGAAUAUCACAAUCAAAUGGGACAUUAUAAGCUGGACUCCAGAUGGCUAUGUUGCUGUUGUUACAAUCUUCAAUUUCCAACAAUAUCGUCACAUUCAGGCACCAGGGUGGACACUGGGAUGGACAUGGGCAAAGAAGGAAGUAAUAUGGAGCAUGAUGGGAGGCCAAACCACAGAGCAAGGGGAUUGCUCAAGAUUCAAAGGAAAUAUUCCACAUUGCUGCAAGAAAGAUCCAACAGUUGUGGAUUUAUUGCCAGGAACCCCCUACAACCAGCAGAUUGCAAAUUGCUGCAAAGGAGGAGUAAUCAAUUCAUGGGUCCAGGAUCCAGCCAAUGCAGCAAGCUCAUUCCAGCUUAGUGUGGGUGCAGCGGGGACCACUAACAAAACAGUUAGAGUUCCAAAGAACUUCACACUAAAAGCACCUGGACCUGGGUAUACAUGUGGGCCUGCGAAGAUUGUUAAACCAACUAAAUUUAUAUCAGCAGACAAAAGGAGGGUCACUCAAGCAAUGAUGACAUGGAACGUUACCUGCACGUACUCUCAAUUCCUGUCUCAGAAGACACCGACCUGCUGUGUCUCUCUCUCUUCCUUCUAUAAUGAUACAAUAGUCCCCUGCCCAACAUGUACCUGUGGCUGCCAAAACAAUAUAACUCAGCCAGGAAGUUGUGUAGAGGGAGACUCGCCGUAUUUAGCUUCAGCUCUUUCAAGCUCAAGCAAAAAUAGCUAUACACCUCUUGUCCAGUGUACUAACCAUAUGUGCCCAAUCCGGGUCCACUGGCAUGUUAAACUCAACUACAAAGAGUACUGGAGAGUCAAGAUCACAAUCACAAAUUUCAAUUACAGGAUGAACUACACAGAGUGGAACUUGGUUGUUCAACACCCCAACUUUGACAAUCUCACCCAGAUUUUCAGCUUCAAUUACAAGUCAUUAACUCCUUAUGCUGCCAUAAAUGAUACUGCAAUGUUAUGGGGAGUUAAAUUCUACAAUGAUUUACUCAUGCAAGCUGGCCCUCUAGGGAAUGUCCAGUCAGAGUUACUUUUCAGGAAGGAUAAAUCAACAUUUACUUUUGAGAAGGGAUGGGCUUUCCCUCGACGGAUCUACUUCAAUGGUGACAACUGUGUCAUGCCACCACCUGAUGCCUAUCCAUGGUUGCCAAAUGCUAGCUCCCGAUCUGUUGCCUCGUUAGUUGGUCCAAUCAUGACUUUCUUUGCAUCUUUGGUGUUCUUGUUGGGUUAGGACCAAGUGAAGCAUAGGGGAACAUAUUUCAAUUUAUGGGUCAUUCCAAUAUUUACAACUGGAUCAUACUACUCAAAGCCUGUGGUGAACUAACCUCUGCUGGAGCCUUGGAUUCCAGCAAUAUAAGUGGAUUCAGGUGCAUGGCAACCCACAAUGACAAAAAUCGCAUCUUCUGUGUUGUGUAAUGGCGAGUUGAAUUCACUACCAUUUUUGUUUACAUUUUACCUGGUAUAUAAGUAUAUUUUCUGAUUAUACAUAUAAAUUAACCAUCUUGUUUGUAGGGAUACCAUGUAAAAGUGUUGCUCCUUCCAUUGUAAUGAAAACAUUUUGAAGUGAAACCACAGAUAAUAUAUGGAUUUGAUCUUGGAGUUGUUAAUCAAA